AUGUCGGACCUCAGCGUUGCUACGACACAAUCGAGCCCGAUGAAGUCGAGCCCCUCAGUGUCGAUGACGGCCACGGCGGAAGCGAGGGAGCACCAGCUCUUCGCCCAUAUGGGCAAACCUCGACAGUCAAAGGCGAUGGACACAUAUUUUUUUUGA